UUCAUCUUGCCGUCUCUUAUCAGAUUCCCACAGCCCAGACAGUUCGUCUGUGUCCUCCCCACCUUCGGGCCAGCGCUCCCCUCCGCUGGUUCCCUCAGCUGCAGCUUCCAUGACCUCCCUGCCUCCCAUCACCACUGCCGGGGUCAACAGCCCCAUCAGCAGCAUUGGUUCCCCCUUUUCUGUUAUCAGCUCUUCGCUGGGGUCGCCUUGUCUACCUGGCACACCGUCAGUGGGUUACGGCCCAAUUAGCAGCCCCCAGAUCAACUCAACCGUGUCGAUGUCGGGGCUUCAUGCAGUGAGCAGCUCCGAUGAUGUGAAACCUCCACUGGGCUUGAAACAGCUGUCAUCUCACAGCCCUGGGCCGAUGCUUUCCCAGAAACGUCUUUGUUCCAUCUGUGGAGAUAGAUCCUCUG